AUGGAGUGGGGUUACCUGUUGGAAGUGACCUCUUUGCUGGCCGCCCUGGCGCUGCUGCAGCGCUCGAGCGGUGCGGCGGCCGCCUCAGCCAAGGAACUGGCGUGCCAGGAGAUCACCGUGCCGCUGUGCAAGGGUAUCGGCUACAACUACACCUAUAUGCCCAACCAGUUCAACCACGACACGCAGGACGAGGCGGGCCUGGAGGUGCACCAGUUCUGGCCGCUGGUGGAGAUCCAGUGCUCGCCCGACCUCAAGUUCUUCCUGUGCAGCAUGUACACGCCCAUCUGCCUAGAGGACUACAAGAAGCCCCUGCCUCCCUGCCGCUCGGUGUGCGAGCGCGCCAAGGCCGGCUGCGCGCCCCUCAUGCGCCAGUACGGCUUCGCCUGGCCCGACCGCAUGCGCUGCGACCGGCUGCCUGAGCAGGGCAACCCCGACACGCUGUGCAUGGACUACAACCGCACCGACCUCACCACGGCCGCGCCCAGCCCGCCGCGCCGCCCUCCGCCGCCGCCCCCCGGCGAGCAGCCGCCCUCCGGCAGCGGCCACGGCCGCCCACCCGGGGCCCGGCCCCCGUCCCGCGGCAGGGGCGGCGGCGGGGACGCGGCUGCGCCCCCUGCACGCGGCGGCGGCGCAUUCCCCAUUGGACCAGCACCCAUCCGGAGGCACCCUGCUGGGCUAGGGGGCAAACACCCAUUUGAGAAGUAG